CUGCUAUCAUCCGUUUUCAGUUGCAAUUUUUGGCUAGAUAUCAGCUCCAUAUUUCCGUUUGAUUUCAUACUUAUCUAUCGUGGCGACAUCUCGCUAGUACGCCUAAACCGUCUACUCAAGUCAUACCGUUUCAUCUACUUCAUUGAUCGAACCGAAAUGCGCACAAAUUGGCCAAAUGCAUUCCGAAUUUUCAUACUUAUUGUCACAUGCAUUGUAUUAUUUCACUGGAAUGCCUGCGCCUAUUUCCUGAUCAGUGUAAUCAGCGGCAUUGACGGUGCGCCUUGUCAACAUGAAAUCUGGAAACCUGUAUUAAAAUGUUACAAAAAGAAAGUUGAAACCCGGUUCACAUGUACUCUCUAUGAGAAUCGGAUGCACUCCGGAGCAUCACCCACUUUCGGGAUGUGA